UUGAAGGUCUCUCACACAACGGAACGCAGUCGCAGGCCCGAGUAGUUGUCAGUCUCGCGCGCUAGCUUAUUCUCAAUUCCUUCAUUUUGUGUCUUUUUCGCAUUGAAACGCUUCUAAAAACAGUGCGCUUUUCUGAAUCUCUUACUGUAUUGUGCUCUACUGGUGAUCCCCUAUUUGUGAAUGUGAAUUUUUCCUUGACUCGACAACGCCACCGUUGAAAAUUCUCGGAUCGGUGGAAUCGUGUCCUCCCAAGUGAUUCGUGUCUGUUAAACGAUGAUUCUAAGAAAUGGUUUUGCGCGUACUCGAUGUAUUUAUAAACGUAGCGCGGUCUUCUUGAUUGUCCACGGCAUUUGAUUAUUGUUUAAAUUGUGUGUUUUAGUACUUAAUUACUUACUUUUUAGUUGCUGUGGAGCAACCUUCAACGCGUCCCGGCCGACCCUUGCUCUUCCGUCAGAGCAAGAAGGUUGAAAUUAUGUUCUUAGCCGUGAACGGUGUGUGAUUCUCAGUGUUGUGCCUAUUCUCUAUUGGAUUAAUUCAAGAUGCCGAAGAUAUUCUUGCUGAAGAACCGGCUCCUGCAGCAGCACCAGAAUCUCUUUGAGAAUCAGAAGUCUCCAUCUCAUGCAGAUGAUCAGCCUCUAUCCUUGAUCGUCAAUAAAGCAACUGAUGAUCGUCGUCGCGAUGAUGAGGACCCUCUCAGGUGCCAAAGCCCAAGCACAGAGCGUAGUCGAGUUCCAAGCCCGUCCCUGCCGAGCAACAGGAGCAAGAGCUCGAGAUCGGAGACCCUCGAUUGCAGUUUCUCAUCGUCCAAGUUCCGCUCGACGUCGCCCAAGGUCCUCGGCGACCCCCUCCGUCGGGAGAGCGGCAGAGACCACGUCCCCACCUCGGCCGAGAGGAAAGAGUACCUGCCGACGAAGAGCGACCCGCUCGCCCUCCUGAGCCAGCCGCGAUGCCAGCAAGUAUCGGUCAUCCAAAGAACCCCUAACGUCCCGACGGCCCCCUCGCCGAAACCCGGAACUCCUCCCGCUGGCCCCAGUCCCGUUCCCGCCCACGUCCAAGAACCCGAGCCAGAACCGGAACAAGAGGCCCCGAUCGACUAUCACGUCCCGAAGAAGGAGAAAGACGAGGCGCCCAAGAUGAACAAAUACGUGAUCGGCUUCACCAAGACGAAGCAGAUCAUGCUGUGGAAGCAGAUCCUGAAAGAAGGGCGGGUCCGGACGGCGGCGGCCGGUCACAGUCGCAACGGAGCCGGAGCUGGAGGCGGCGGCGGCGGCUGCGGGCACCAGAACGGAGGUUCCGCCGGGGGCUGCGGGUCCAGAGGCUCCGGCGCCGGGCACGGCUACGCUGGAGGCGGCGGCGCUUUGGGAAGCGGCGGCGCGGGCGGCGGUCUGGGCGGUCUCGGAGGCGGCGGCGGCUCCAUGAACCCGGGCGGGAACGGCAAGUCCAACUACGGGCCCACGAGCCCGCCCAUGGCCUCUCUGCCGCCCUUCUGCGAGAGCCUCAAGGGCGGAGGCCUGACGAGCUACUCGCAGCAGUACAGCAGCCAGUUCCAAGGGCUCCUCAACCCGCCCCUGCCGAUGGACUGCGACACCGGGCAGCACGACCUGAGCGCCCUCCACUUCCCGGGCGGCGGCGGGAACGACGGCCUCUCGAAGCAGUACUCCCUCCUGCAGAACGUGUGCGCCACCUACGGGAUCACUGUCAAGGAUGACGAGGACCUGUCCAGCUACGUCAAGGACAACGGCGGAUUCUUGCCCUACGACGAUGCUCUCAUGGUCGAUGCCGCCACCGGCUCCAUUGUCGACCCGCUUCAGUUCACCGCCACGCUUACGUUUUCCAGUCCGGCAGAUCACACGGCACUCCUGGAAACCCUCUCUGACGCUGCCGAUUUGUUCCUUAGAGAGUCUGGCGAGAGCAUUCCUCCUCCUGUUGAGCCUUCCGUGAAUCCAUUCCCGGAGCAUCGGGGAUUCUUGGACAGUCCCCCAACGCCUAGGCCGAGCUAUGCUACCACUUCUCCUUCACAAUCGUUUUCAACUAGCUCGGUUUCAAGUACGGAGUCUCGGAGCUUCAGCAACUACUCGGAAUUCAUCCCGAAAGUCGAAAAGCCCGACAUGGGCCUCCUCUCGGACGAGCCCCAGCAACAAAUGCAACAACUCCAAAUCCAAGUACAAAUGCAACAGCAGCAGCAUCAUCAAUCACAUCAAUCAGAGACCUCGGGACAAGUGGGUUUGUUAUCGCCGGGGCUCUCCUCCUUAGAACUGGACUCGAGUACAAGUAUGUCGUUGCCUUCUCCUGCCAAUUGCAAUUUGGAUUCACCCUCCCCUCAGUCUGAUGUCUCUGGCAUUCCAAAUCUUCAAGUUCGAGUUGGGGUCCUUCAGCAACGGGUGAGCAAGACAACGGAGCCUCCGAAUUAUGGCCAUUUUUUCAGUAAAAUAUCUGCUAAACUGGGCUUGCCUGGAGAUGUCGCUCUAGAAUUUGUCAAUGGUGGUCAUGGAAUUAAGAAUCCAUUGGCCAAUCAGGACACUGUCCAUUCCACGCCACGACCUGAAGUUGAAAAAAGCUCCGAAGAGGCACCCGCUCGAUCUGCCCGUGACAGCUCAAGUGGGAAUUCUCGCUUUUCCUGUCAUCUUUGUACCAAAAGUUUUAGUCUCCAGCGACUCCUGAACAGGCAUAUGAAAUGUCACAGUGAUGUUAAACGUUAUCUAUGUACAUUCUGCGGGAAGGGUUUCAAUGAUACGUUUGACCUGAAACGGCACACUCGCACACAUACAGGUGUCCGUCCAUACAAGUGCAAUUUAUGUGAAAAAUCUUUCACACAGCGAUGUUCUCUAGAAUCUCAUUGUCUUAAGGUGCAUGGAGUGCAACAUCAGUAUGCUUACAAAGAGCGCAGAACUAAAAUGUACGUUUGUGAAGAGUGUGGUCACACGACAAAUGAGCCGGAAGUUCACUAUCUUCACUUGAAAGAUAAUCAUCCUUACAGUCCUGCACUCCUAAAAUUUUAUGAUAAAAGACAUUUCAAAUUUACAAAUUCAAAUUUUGCGAAUAUGCUUCUACAAGUCCGAUCAUAAGGAGUUUCAGCUGGCUAGUUAAUUGAAUUAAUUAAUUUGGAACCUUUUGUUAGUGCUAAAACAUAGAUUUUUCAACAGAUUAAAUAAUCUGCCCAACUUUCAAGUCUCAAAAAUUAUCAUCUCUUAGCAGUGUCACUUCUUGAUCUGCUGAGAUAUUGCAUCACAUGGGGAAAUAAGUUCAGAACUAAUAAAAAUAGACUUGUCUCUUAAUGUUUGAGUUCAGAUUUUACAAUCUUAAAUGCGAAAAACAUUUCUUGCAUAAAACGUCAGCUGUCUUUAGACACUGUUUUUCAUCUGCAUUUCCAUAUCUUUCUUGCUCUCUCUCUCCCCUAAUAAUUAAUUAAAACAUGUAUUUAAUCGAGAAUUUUAGUUAAUCAGUCCGAUGAUAGGUUCUGUUUCCUUAUUUUUCCUCUUAAAUUAUAGUGCAAGUUUAAUACUGUUGAAUUUAAAUUGAUUUUAGGAUAUCGUGUCACUUAACCUUAGUGGAAACCUUUCAAUGAUGUCAGAAACUCUCUGUUUUUUCGUGUGAACCAAUCAAUGAUGUCAUUGCAAUGUGCAUUAACAAGUGGCAUUGUAUCUAGAAAGAAAUAAAUUGUGUUUAGUUAAUAAUUAACAUGUCUAAUUAUUAAUUAAUGCAUUAAAAAAUCAUGUUUAAGCGUUAACGCCUGUAGGAGCAUUUACUGAUAGUCUCAUGUAAAUUUGUAAAUUGUUGAAUGUGAAUAAAUUUAGUAAAGUAGGUAUUUAUUAUUUCCAUUUAUGCACUUUUUAUUUAUUUAUUAACUUAUUUGACUGUAUCCUCCGUCCUGCAGGCAGGUACAUCCCUUCGGUAGCUUAUAAAUAGACAUGACCCUGUUUGAGAAUUGGGACUUGAGUCCGCGGAUAUACAUUUUUGUGCUGACACUGACAUUGCAAUAAAAUACCUCUCCUGAUUUUUUGCACCAAUGGUCCUCGAUAUGACGGCUUCAUUUAUAAGUAAUCAAUUUUUCAGACAGGAACUGACUGAGAAAUCAAAUUUAUCAUCAAGUAUUGUGAACAAUCUCACAGUCAGAGCAUCAAUGGCUCUCUCAAAUAUUCACUAACUAUUUUUGGAACUUUUAAUCAUUGCUCUUUCCCAAAAUAUAUAUAUUGAAGACAUUAUCAUAACUCCCAUGAGCUUCUAAAUUUUAAUCACAUCAUGCCAGAACAAUCACGGUCCAGUCUUAGCAUUUCCUGGUUUUUGUAAUUACUGCAUCUUUGUAAAUUGUCCUGUGUGUAGGAAAAAACCUCCAUUUGGUAUUCUCCAUCUGUUAAAGCAGAGGCUCAACUCUCCAAGUCUCAUUGAAUGGCAUUCAUUGUUUUUCAAUCAAGAGUGUUUCAGUAAGGAUUGAGUCAUAUUUUCAUGUUAUUUUUGUGCCUCUACCAAUGUAAAACUCUCCUCUACAUAGCAACUCAAAUGACGCAAUGCUGUGUUUUCAGGCAGCAAAGUCUCUUUUCUCAAAUAUGGUCAUGGUUGUAUGAUAAAGAUCAUUGAGUUCUUUUAAUUUAUCAGGUGCGUGUGAUAUAUUUUGUGGCAAAGGUCAAGAACGUUCAUUGUAAUCACUCUAUCUUGGUGUUGGAUUUCUCUGUUAAAGUCCUGUCGCCUCUUGUGUAAUGUUUGGUGUGCAAGAGAUUAAAAAAUAUUACGUCUAGUGGGGAAUAGAAAAUUCCUUGAAGAACUUACGAAAAAGAUCAGCUUCACAGUCUAAAAAGUUUCUCAAUUCAAAAAUUGCGAUACUAACAUUUGUUGCAGGAAGAAACACUUUAAAAUUGUUUACCUAUUUGAGAUUUAGCCCCAAAAGUUGCAUCAAUGUUCAUGAUUAAUUUUAAAAGAGAUGCUAGUCAUAGGAAUCAAAAUUGGAUUGUUCCUCAAUACAAGUGCCUCAUCAUCAUUUUUCAUUUUUUAGAACUUAUAACUUGGCCUUGCCUGUAUUUUCAUCUUCUCACUCUCCUGUUAUUCCGUUUUUUUUUCUUGAGAAAGAACCUUGUAUUAAUACUACAAAUCAACCUGUGAAUGAGGAUAACUAACUCCUUAGUUCUGUGUUUCUUCUUUGUUCAAAUUACAUCAAUGACAAUUUUUUGCAAGGAAAGUGAUCUUCAAGGAAUCGAUCCACGGAAUCUAAGGGAUUUUAGGCAAAUAUUUAUUUAUUUCUUGCGCACCUUCCAGGAAUAAUUGAAUUCCGUCUUUCAUAGAGUAUCCAAGUAUCUAAGCUCUCGUUAACUGUCAGUGCUUCUGGCAAGAGAGGGCUUUUCGUAUUAAAUUACUUCUAACUCGGACAAGAGUGACUUUAUAGCCUUUUUGUAAAUUUCCUUGUACUUAAGCAAUUCUUUUUUCUUCCUUGAACAAUUUUCUGACUCCUACUACCUUUCGUCUUAUAAGUUUAGGUUCUCUGAAUAGUCCUCAUCGGUUCUUUAUUUUUGAGAAAGUGUUACUUUUAUUAAUGUGCAAUAAAAUACGUUUAUUAAUGUUUUAAUAUAAUAUUAAUGUUUUUAAUAUUUUAUUAAUGUUUUUUUUUUUUUUUGUCUUCGUCUGUUAGUGGUUAAAUUACUUGAUAGGCCGAUACAAGUAGUCGCAUGUCAAGAGCAGUAAUAAUGAUUCCCAAUUGGUAUGAAUAAACAUCUGUUGUUUGCACAAGAAACUUCAUUGUGAGUUUCAGCACUCCAAGACAUGUCCAAAACCACCUAUCUAACCUAACUUUCUCAACACUCGAUCCCUGUGUCUCUCCUUAAUGCUCUUAACUUGACUUUUUUUAAAUACCUCGUAACAAUAAUUAUAUGCAAUGUGUAUUGCCUUGCGUGCCAAUAGGAAUGUGCAGUUGAAUUUCCUCUUUGUACCUGGAAUAUCUCGUUGGUAAUUUUUUUUCUCAUCCUGGAUUUAUUCAUCUAAAUUCUCUUUCUACUGCUAUAGGAUGAAACUUUUAUUCGGAUGCUUAGAAAGUGAAACAUUUUUGCUCUAAAAUUUCCCUUUUAGCAUGAAUGUCGAUUCCUUUAUGAUACUUAAUUAAGCAUGCAGACUUGGAUUUCUCUUUAGAGAUACCCACAGAAGUAAUAUUUUAAGAAAUCAAGACAUCACCCAUGAAUUUUAACAAUUAUAAGCAAGACUGAAAAGCAAAAAGUUUGGACUUCUUUUUGAAAUGGUGCUUACUUUCUUCAUGUAAUCGGUUAGUUUAUGAAAAGGAUACAGACCUGUGCUCUUUUGAGUAACAUUAGCACAUGUGCAUAUUAUUAUUUUCUGUUGGUGCACAUUUUUGAUGCACUCAAAUCGAAGUCCUAUGACAGUCAAUUUUGCAAAUAUGUGUAAUGGUCUUUGAAUCGUGUUUUGUUAAAUUGUUUCGCCUAUCGGCAAUUUUUUUUAUUUUUCUAUUCCAUUCAAUCUCAUUGUCACAGUAGCUGUAAAAACGUUAGAAUCUUCAAACUGUUAGUUAGCUAAAUAUUAUUGUUAAGUAUGUUCAUAAGACUGUUCAUUUUUUGUGUAUUAAAUAAAGUUUCUUGGUACAUCCUGUA